AUGUCCCGUACCGUUACCAUUGCUGUGGCCCAAACGAUUCCAGUUUCUCAGGAGCUGGACCCUCCGAGCGAUCAGAUGGAUAAUCGUGGCGCUUUCUGGGCUAUCGACCAGAACUUGCUUGACACGAUGCGACAAGUCGAGGAAGCUGCCACCCGCAAGGCCGAUGUAGUUCACUUUCCAGAGUUCUGGUUACAAGAUCUGGUUGGCCAAGGAAGACAAGUAUGGUUGUGGGUGGUUGCCGAAAAGUACAAGAUCGCCAUUGUGGGGUCGAUAGCGUGUGGUCAACCUUCGUCACCUGAGACGCCGAUGCCUGCUGAAUCGCCCUUCGUCCAUCUUCUGGGCGGACCUCCACCAAAGGCCCUCACAGACGCUCAACAAUCCUGGGUCGAGUGGGUUCAGCAUCACUUGGUGGACGUUGAGGCAAAAGUUGGCCACGCCCAUUACCCCCAAAUUCACAACACGUCCGUUUUCAUCGACGACGAAGGGCAAGUUCUUGGCGAGUAUGCUAAACGAAACCUCUGGCAUCCUGAGCGCGACUAUUUUGUCCGGGGAAGAAGGCAGAACCAAGUCUUUGAGACCAAGUUCGGCAGGGUUGGUCUUCUCAUCUGCUGGGACAUCUCGCAUCCUUCGGCUGGGCAAGAGCUUUCCGACCAAGGAGUUGAUAUUGUGUUUGUCUCAGCCUACUGGCUAGCGACUGACAGCCAUCCCCAACUGAACAACUGGCGGCAUGUUAACGACUACGAAAAGACGGUUGUUCACAGCUGGAUGCUUGCCCGGGCCAUAGAGACGGAAUCCGUGUGGUCCCUGUGCAACUGUGGGGGUGACCCCAUGUCCGGGUACAUGGGUGGUAGCGGUGUAUGGGUUCCUUUGCGCGGCAAUAUCGGUGGUAUUCCUGGCCCCGGGGCUGGACUACGCAUAAUGGAGAUCGACAUGAACGUCCUACAGGACACCCAGAAAGUCUACAAGAUCCGCGAUGACUACGCGCGGUACCUGAAGAUGGUGGAGGCCAAAGAGGCGAAUGGUACGAAAUAG